AUGGGAGGCGGUAAAAAGCAAAAAAGUUCUACUAGUCUUGAGAGUUUAUACCAACAGAAAAAUAAAAUUUUGAAUAACGUUUCGAGAAUUAGGCGAUCUAUUAAGGAAAAAACUAUUUCGUUUAAUCAAAAUGAAUUACAUUGUCGAUUAGAAAUUUUGAAUUCAUAUAUUGAAGAUGCAAUGGACAUUCAAACUGAAAUCGAUAUUUUAGAUCCCUCAAACGAUGAAAGGUCCGAUUUAGAAAAUUUAUGCGUUUCCACAAAAAGUAUGCUUUUGGGUUAUUUAACUCCCAGAGAACAUAGUAUCGCUGAAACUACUCUUGGUUUCUCAAGUCAUCAUAGCCGACUUCCAAGUAUGAAGUUGCCUAAAUUUAGCGGUAAAUAUGCCGAAUAUAAGAAUUUUAUUAGUUUAUUCGAGAGUUUGGUAGAUAGUGAUAUAACUUUAACUGAAAUUGAGAAAUUUAAUCAUUUAAUCUCGUGCCUAUCAGAUGAAGCUCUGGGAACUGUGAAAGCUUAUCAGAUAAGUGAACAAAAUUACUCCAAGGCUCUACAAAGUUUAAAAAGAGUUUAUGACAAUCCAUGUUUAAUAUUCUUUGAUAAUAUUACUAAAUUGUUUGAUUUACCGGAAAUGUCUAAACCUUCUGCAACUUCCUUGCAACAUUUUCUAUAG